AGAUCCUCGACCAACCAACCAGCGCGUCAACAAGCAUGUAAAUAAUGACACCUAUCUUCGGGUUCAAAACCUGACCAUCUUAGUCAGAAACAUAAAGACUUACUAUCAGGAGGUCCUCCGGCAGCUGAUUGUAAUGAAUUUACCAAAUGUUUUAAUGAUUGGCAAGGAUCCUCUUUCUGGUAAAAGUAUGGAUGAAAUUAAGAAGCUGCUGCUGUUGGUUCUAGGUUGUGCUGUGCAGUGUGAAAGAAAAGAAGAGUUUAUUGAAAGAAUAAAGCAACUGGAUAUUGAAACCCAGGCUGCCAUUGUGUCACACAUUCAGGAGGUGACUCACAACCAAGAGAAUGUCUUCGACUUACAGUGGCUGGAGCUCCCAGAUAUGGCCCCAGAGGAACUGGAGUCUCUCUCCAGGAAUAUGGUUUUCCACCUCAAGAGGCUCAUUGAUGAGAGAGAUGAAUGCACAGAAGUCAUUGUAGAUCUCACUCAAGAGAGAGAUUAUCUGCAGUCUCAGCAACCACUGAGUCCUCUGAAAGCACCAAAUCCAGACCCUUCACCAAACCCAGUCAGCCCUCUAUCUAAUGAAGACAAGCAGCACCUUGCAGUUGAGCUGGCAGACACAAAGGCUAAAUUGAGAAGAAUCCGACAGGAGCUGGAAGAGAAGUCUGAGCAGCUUGUAGAUUCUAAACACGAAGUUGAGCAGCUCACCCUAGAGUUGCAGAAAAUAAAACAAGAGAAUAUCCACCUGGCCUCAGAUGCUCGCUCUGCCCGAGCAUACAGAGAUGAGCUUGACUCUCUGAGAGAGAGGGCAAACCGUGUGGAGAGGCUUGAGAUGGAACUUGUUCGGUGCAAAGAGAAACUUCAUGAUGUGGAUUUUUACAAAGCUCGCAUGGAGGAGUUAAGAGAGGACAACAUCAUAUUAAUUGAAACAAAGGCCAUGCUAGAAGAACAGCUAACAAUGGCGAGAGCUCGUGGUGAUAAACUGCAUGAAUUAGAGAAGGAAAAUUUGCAGCUGAAAUCUAAACUUCAUGAUGUAGAGCUGGACCGGGACACGGACAAGAAGAGGAUUGAAGAGCUGCUGGAGGAGAACAUGGUCUUGGAGAUUGCACAGAAACAGAGCAUGAACGAAUCUGCACACCUGGGCUGGGAACUGGAACAACUGUCUAAAAGCACAGAUCUUGCAGAUACCAGAAAGUCCUUUGUGUUUGAGUUGAAUGAAUGUGCUUCGAGUCGCAUACUGAAGCUAGAGAAGGAUAAUCAGAGCUUGCAGAACACAAUCCAAGAGCUGAGAGAUGCCUCCUUGACCUCCAGAGAGAGCAGCCUAAAGUUUGUGGAACUGGAAAAGGAAAAUCAACAGCUUAGCAAAAAGAUUGAGAAGUUGCAAAAUCAAAUUGAAAAAGAGAAGCAAAGUAAUCAAGAUCUGGAGACUUUGAGUGAGGAGCUGAUAAAAGAUAAAGAACAGCUUCAAGUCGUCAUGGAGACCCUAAAAGCUGACAAAGACAGACAGAUAAAGGACCUUAAACAAGAAAAUGAUCACCUCAAUCAAGUGGUCUUAUCCCUGAGACAAAGAUCUCAAGUGAGCAGCGAGGCAAGAGUAAAAGAUAUCGAAAAAGAGAACAAGAUCCUUCACGAAACAGUUACAGAGACGAGUAGCAAACUAAGCAAGCUGGAAUUUGAGAAGAAACAAUUGCAGAAAGAUUUUGACCAGGUUAAAGAAAAAGUGGAAAGAGUGGAAGAAAUGGAAAAAGAGCUCCAUCGGCUGGAGAGGGAGAACGAACAGCUCACAAAGAAGGCAGCAGCAAUGAAAAUAGUGACAGAAAAAGUAGAAGUUCUUGAGCAGGAGAAUGGAGAUCUGGAAGUGGAAAAUAGGAAGCUAAGAAAAUCCCUGGACACAUUGCAGAAUAUUUCCAUCCGGCUUGGAGACCUGGAAAGGAACAACAAGCAAUUGGAUGAAGAAAAUCUGGAGCUUAGGAGAGUGGUGGAGACCAUGAGAUUUACCAGCACAAAAAUGGCACAGAUAGAAGCAGAAAACAAAGAUUUGGAGAGGGAGAAAGAGGACUUAAGAAAAAAUGUGGAAAUGUUAAAAGCGAUGAGCAAGAAAUCAGAGCGGCUGGAGCUAAGCUAUCAGAGUGUCAACUCUGAAAACCAGAGACUUCAGCAAAUCGUGGAGAACAGCAGCAAAAAGAUCCAGGAGUUAGAAAAGGAGAUACAAGGAAUGGAGAAUGAAAAUCAGGUCCUCCAGAGAAACCUCGAGGAGCUAAAGAUUUCUGCCAAACGGCUAGAGAGGUUAGAAAAGGAGAACACAACCCUAGAACAAGAAAUGUCUCAGCUGGAGAAAGACAAAAAAAUGCUAGAGAAAGAAACGAAACGACUUUGGCAGCAAGUGGAGCUGAAAGAUGCUAUUUUGGAUGAUAGUACAGUAAAGUUGGCAGUUGUUGAGAAAGAAAACAAGACACUAGAAAAGGAAAUUGCUCGAUUCAGGGAUUCAUCUAAUAAGCUGAAAGAAUUUGAAAAGGACAAUAAAGAUCUCAUAAAGCAAGUUACAAUUGAUAAAAGAACACUAGCUACAUUGAGAGAGGAUUUGGUUCUGGAGAAGCUGAAGAGUCAACAGUUGUCCAGUGACCUGGACAAACUGAGCCAGGAACUGGAGAAGAUAGGAUUGAACAAAGAGCUGCUGCUACAGGAUGACAACGGCAAUGACGACACAAAAUACAAGAUUCUGGAAAGCAAAACUGAAUCGGCACUGAAAACAACACUAGCUGUGAAAGAGGAAAAGAUUGCAGUGCUGGAAGCUCAAGUGAAAGACUCUUUGAACUUGAACCAGCAGUUACAGAAUGAACUAAAUAUGGUAAAGAAGGACUUUGAUGCACUUAAGCAGGCUCAGCAGGAUGGGCAGUUUGCUGAAAAGUCACUGAGAUAUUCUGCAGAGAAACUCAUUCCCAACCACCAUAUGAAUGAGAAUUUGGAAACAGGGCACCGAGAAGCUACCAUGGAGCUGCUGAAACUGAAGGACAGGGCAAUUGAACUGGAAAGGAAUAAUGCAGCACUGCAUACUGAGAAGCAGCUGCUUAAAGAGCAGCUGAAGCAUUUGGAAACACAGAAUGUCUCCUUCAACAAUCAGAUCCUGACACUACAGAAGCAAAACGUAUUUCUUCAGGAGCACAACACUUCCUUGCAGACACAGACUGCCAAACUCCAGGUAGAAAAUUCGACGCUCAACUCCCAGAGUGCUUCACUGAUGGCCCAGAAUGCUUUACUCCAAAAUCAGCAGACAGCCAAGGAAAAUGAGAAUGAAAAUCUACUGAAACAGAAGGAACAGCUGAAAGCUGAGUAUGAAUCAUUGCUUCAGGACCAUGAACACCUUGCUUCACUGCAUGAACGGCAGUCUGCAGAAUAUGAAAUGCUAAUAAACCAGCACAGCUGCCUGAAAACGUUACACAAAAACCUGGAUCUGGAGCACAAAGGUCUGGGUGAGAGAUACAAUAGUUUAAUGAAACACAAGGCAGAGCUGGAAGAGUUAGAAAUAGUUUUAAAAACUGAGAGAGAGGCUCUGCAGCAAGAGAGAAGAUCAAAUGCCAUAACAACUGGGGAAAAUCAGAAGCUGAGGGAGGAACUGGACAGGGUGAAUUUCUUGCACAGCCAACUAAAGGCAGAGUAUGAAGGGCUGCAUUCACACACUAAAGAGCUGAAAACUUCCUUGAACAACUCUCAGCUGGAGCUGAAUCGUUGGCAGGCUCGCUAUGACGAGCUGAAAGAACAGCACCAGUCCAUGGAUAUCUCCCUGACCAAACUGGAUAACCACUGUGAGCUGCUGUCCCGUCUAAAAGGAAAUCUGGAAGAAGAAAACCAUCAUCUCUUGAGUCAGAUUCAAAUGCUGAGCCAGCAGAAUCAGAUGUUACUGGAGCAGAACAUGGAGAACAAGGAGCAGUAUCAUGAAGAACAGAAACAGUACAUUGAUAAAUUGAAUGCCUUAAGGAGACACAAGGAAAAACUUGAAGAGAAGAUAAUGGAUCAGUACAAGUUUUAUGAUCCUACUCCAAAAAAGAAAAAUCACUGGAUUGGAGCCAGAGCCUUAGUCAAACUAAUCAAGCCAAAGAAGGAGACUGCAAGAGAGCGGUUGAAACCAGCAGCGGAAAGCUCUCCAUGGCAUUCUGAAUCCCCAGACACGGUAAACGCUCCAUCUACUUCCCAAAAACUGAAACAUCAGGACACUCAGGAAAAUACCUCUCAAGGGUCAAACUCUAUGGAAGAGAGAGAGAACCCUGGAGGUUCUUCAAACAAAGUGCUAAUGGACCUAAAACAAAAGAGGAAUUCCCAUCAUGGAGGCAGCAAUGAUAAUGUUGAAAUCUCAACAGACUCUGUGGCAAAACAAUGCUGUGUGGAGCUGGGUCCCAGGACUUACUCGACCUCAGCUCUUCACCCGCACACUUCCACCCCUGUCUCCAGGCUCCCGAGCAGACCAAAAGGCUCUAAUUCAGAGGAUAACCUACGUGAACCAUCCCCUGAGGUAGAGUUCGCAAGCACCAGACAGCUUGUGUCCAGGCCAAACAGUGUAGAGAGCAGUAGAAACGCUUCCAGCAGUAGUUCGCCUCUCAAUUUGAAAGGUUCCUUAGAUCAUAUCCAUGGUAGAACUGAGAGUCUCAGCAGUGAAGAUACUGUUCCAAGCAGAGAGGCAUCAGCCUUGCCCCGAGACCCCUAUCCGUUACACUCUACUUCUGCCAUCUUAAGCCCUGGCAGCAGGCAUGAGGCCUCCUCCCACAGGACCAGUUUGAUCUCUUAUGAUACACCUCAGAAGAGUACCCUAUCCCAGUCUUACGUGGGCAGGCAACGGUCUGCUUCGCCUGGCAGUGAGAUGGUAACUUUGGAAGAGUUCUUGGAAGAGAGCAACAGGCUGUCACCACCAAGUGAUACUUCCAGUAACAGAGAUGACUUGCUCAGCGAUUAUUUUAGGAAAGCAAAUGAGCCUUCAGCUACUGGGAACCUGCUGGUUCAGCCAUCCAGAAAGGAAACUGCUAAGAUGCCCACUAGUCUUGUUGCUUCAGCUGCUAAGGUGACCAUCGCCAGCGAAGAAGGAAGAGCAGCUAAGCCUGGAAAUUACACGAAGCCAAACUUCAGACAAGUUGAACCUGAGCCUCUGGCAAACUCCCAGGGGUCCCUUAAGCUUCCUCACACACCACAGCACCAGCCCGCCAGCGGGGUGAGGCAGAUGGCACAGCCUCAGCACCCUGGAACGGCGAGCAGGAGGAGCACAUCACUGAGCAGGGCAUUUAGCUUGGCCUCUGCAGACCUCCUCAGAGCCACCGGCCCGGAGACAUACAGGCAGGAGAGCCCUCAAAAGUCAGCAGCAGACUUGCGUGGUGGCAAAGAUGCUGUCAGUCAGACUGCUAGGGCUUCUGUGCCAGCAAGCUCCCAGACAAUUUUAAGAGAGAGGCCACAAUCGGCAAAGAUGGCAGGUUCCUUGCAAGGUUUUGAUUCACGCUGUCGGCAGCUUGACACAAGGCGCCUUUCCCUGGCCCCACCGAAGGAUGAGAGGCCACUCUCCUUGCAUCAGUUCUCUGCCUCACCCACUGCAUCCACCAGCAAUCUGAACAUGCAGCAGCAGGAGCGUGUGAACCCUGGGCAACACUACUCUCCUACAUCACACGCUGCCUCUAAAGUCAAACCCAGGCCAGCGCCUCGUACUGGGGAGGUGGCUACAGUGGCCCCUACUAGAGCCGUUUCCAGCAGCACUGAGGGAAAUGUUUCCCCAGGGCAAGGCCAGGGUGAUGCCCUAGUUACCAAGUGCCAGGGUAAGCUGCCAGAAGGUAGUGCUGAGGCUGGGGAGGAGCCCAUGAGAGGAAGCAGCUCCAACAGCACUCCUGGGUCUCCAGACCCCCAGGGGGAUCAGCAGACGAUUUGGUAUGAGUAUGGGUGUGUGUAA